AUUUAGUUCUAUGAUCUGAAUAAAUUUAGAGAAGAAAAACUUAACCUUAAACCAAAAAAAAAUAAAGAAUUAUUUACGAAAAUGGAAGAAGUUGAUAAAAUAAUAUUAGAUACUUUAAAAUUCUUAAAUUGUGACAUCGAUGAUGAUAUUAAAUCUCUUAAACAGUUUAAUGCUGAAACGACGGUAUCUGCAAUUUCCUCAUGUUUGGAAGUAAUUAUACAAAAUAACAAGUUUACAAAAAAAUUACCUCCUUCUAUGAGUGCAAGACUAAAAUUAGCGUCGUAUUUAGCGGAACAAAUAAAGGAUUUGGGAUUUUGCGGAGAAAUGGGAUACCAAACUAUUUUAUACUGUAAUGAAGACGAAGUAAGGAAAGUUUUGAUGUUUUUAUUAGAAAGGUUACCUAGAGAAAGUACUAAAAAUGUUCCCGAGCAAUUGGGUUAUGUAUCUAGGAUAAUUAAAUCCCUUGAAGAGAUUACUAAGAGAUCUUCACUGAAUAAAUGGGUGCCUGUUUAUUUUCUUAAACAAGGUGGUAUACAUGAUGGUUAUCCAUUAAAAUCUAUUUAUUUGGAUCUUCCCACAAAUAAACAGAAAGAUUCUACAGAAUACAGGAUACAUUAUAUACCUGAAUUGAUACGACAAUGUCCUUAUAAAAAAUUAAUUCCUUCCUUAUUAUUCCACGAUAAUGAAAUUUCUGAUAAAUUAGACUUGUCUAAAGUCAUGGAAAAAUCUGAAAAAAUAACUUUCGACCACAUAGAAACAACAUUCAAUAUUCCACAGUUAUCUUACAAGGAAUUAGUUGUUGAAACUAAUUUGGAAAAAACACAACUUGAACAAAGGACAGAAGUGCUUACUCAAGAAGUAGAAGAUCUUCGAAGUAAAUGCAUAGAAGCUCGCGAUGCUAUAGAAAAAAGAGAAUUAGAACUAUCCCAGCUGGUGAAUUCUAGAGAAGAGGAAGAUAAAAAAUUGAAAGAAAUUGUAGAAAAAAUAAAAUUGAAAACGAAAACAGCGACAGUUUUAGAUAAAGAAGAGAAUUUAACAAAAUUACGUAAUAUGAUUGAAAAUACAAACGAACGUUUACAAGAAUUGGCCAGACAAUGGAAUGAAAUGCGUGAAACUUUAGUAGAAGAACACAGAUCUUUAAUUACGAGUGUUUCAAAUAAGGAAUCAGUGUUUCUUGCUCAACAGGAUAAACUGAAAAACCUACAGGAAACAGAGACAAAGCUCAAGACUGAUAUUACACAAAAGAAAAAAUCUGGGGAAAAUUUAUUACAGCAGUAUCAGGAAUUAAAUCGAACUAUAAACAGAAAUAUGUACACAAAAAGAAUUUUGGAAAUUAUUGGAAACAUCAAUAAACAAAAUUUCGAUAUACAAAAAGUAUUGAAAGACACAAAAAGUAUACAGAAAGAAAUUAAAAAUCUCAGCGGUCAAGUCGAUAGAUCUUUCACUCUAGCCGAUGAACUUAUAUUUUACGAUGCCAAACAUGAUGAGAUUGCUCGCAGGUCUUACAAAUUAUUAGUAGCCCUUCGAGAAGACUUUGGCAGCAUACUGAAAACAUCGGAAGAUUUAGGCGUUAUAGAAAGGGAAUGUCGAAAUUUAGAAGAACAAAUUGAAUUUGAAAAAUCCAAAGAGAUGGCCAACAAAUUAGAAAAAGUAUAUUCCGACCUCAAAGAGAUACAAAAAGAGAUACAGAACUUGAGGAAACAGUGAAAAAAAUCAUUAUUAUUCUCAAUUGAAUAUAUAUUUAUACUUUGAAUUAUAUAUCCAAAGUUUUUUCUAUAUCACACUGUAUAUAAUACUACUACAUCAACAAAUACACGUUUCUAUAACCAAGUUAUCAUCUUCAGACACUCGUGUUUAUUUUGGAACACACAGUGGGUGUCUUGAUUGUAUGGUGUAAUAUAAUAAUGGUUGUUCCUUGGGGCAUUAGUGGUUCUAUUGUUUCCGGAAUAAAAAUUUGUUUUAUUUUAUUUAAAAAAAAAAAUUAGUUUUAUACAAUAUCAACAUGGCUAAAGUUAUUGGACCACAAGUAGUAUCCAGGGUCAAUACACCAACGUUUGGAAUCCUGAAGUGAAUGAAAACAGAGCUAGAGGUUAAACCGAACAAUGAUGGCAACAACCACCACCCGAAGUCAUCCAACAUUACCCCGAAAAGAGGGAUGAUGAUUGACUUUCUUAACCAACACAUUCGACAAGUAACAAAACUACUUGAAUUCUUUCAUAGGAAGUCAGAAACUUAAACCCUAUCCAAGAAUUACUCAUCCUUCAAGCUCUCAUUGCCAGAAUCUGACUUGGAGAUAGUAUUACACACCAAGAAGCUGGUCAAGAAAGAUGCUACACCAUGACCUCAAUCAGAAGUUUGGGUUACUAUUGGUAGUCUCAUUCUAGAGACAGACAACUACGAGAAAAAGGAUCUGAACACUAAUUCUGAUAAAUGCAGAGAAUGUCAACAAACAUUAGAGACCAUUCAACAUAUAACAUCCGCUUGUAGUGUGUUAGCUAAUAUCCCGACAUAACCUAGUAUGCAACAUCAUCCACCAAAAACUUCUAAAUACUUAUACACCGUAUUACAAAUAUAAAUCCUUCUACAAGCACGGUAUGGAGGAAUUAGAGAAGCGUGUAUAUAUAUAUAUAUAUAUAUAUAUAUAUAUAUAUAUAUAUAUAUAUAUAUAUAUACGUACAGACACGAGUACGAUUUAUGUACGCCUAUUUGUAUAUAUCAACCUAACCUAACCUUCUUGUGGUGCAUUUUGAGUUUAAAAAGUUCAAAAAUCGUGAAAUUUUUACAUCCAUAAUAAAAAAUUUUUCACGUGAGGA